AUGCAGAUUUUCUCAAUAUUUUAUCUUAUUGAUUUAGCCCUGAAAGAGUAAACCCAUUAAGACUAAAAGUAAAAGAUCUAGGAAAUACAUCAACUCUUCCAGAAAUUUGAUACAAAUUAGUCUGGCACUUUGAAUCUUGAAGAGAUAAAUAGCAUGUUCAAGUCUGUAGGGAUAGAUAUAACUAUAGAUGAGAUAUAAAACCUGUUCAUUCAUCAAACUCAAAGUGAAGAUAAAUUAGGAUCACAAGUUGGGAAGUUUAAGAAGCGUAAGAUGACUCUCAAGGAAUUUGAAGAGGCUAUGCUAUCGAAUAGAUCCUAUUAAAAGUUCAAAGAUCUUAUAAAGAAGCUCAGAAAAGACAUCAGACAUAAUGACUAUGAAAAGGUUUCAGCUGACAUCAUAUUUCUCCCCACAGAUCUAGGGGAAAUGCUUAACUUUUUGUAUCGAAAAACUGUUUAGACUUAGAUUAAAAAGAGCUUAAUGCAAUCUAUUCACGACACUGAAUCCUCCAUAAUGGCUAAGAGGCUCAUGAUAAAUUAGAGAAACAAUCCAUAGCACCACCAAUAGCACAUGAAUUAAGACAUAAAUAAUUUGAGCACAUAAUAGUAGACUAAAUAGCACACAGAACUGCCUCAUCUAAAUGAAAUGAAGCGAUAAUAAUCUAACUUGGAUAAGAACAUCAGUGAAAGUAUAUAAAAUUUCAAUGAACUGUUCAAGGGUCAGAUGAGACUGCAGGAUAAUGAUAAUCUAUAUUAAAAGUUUUAAAUCCCAAAGGAGGAAAUCGAGUUUAGAAGAGAGGAGAAAUAGAAAUGA